AUGGCACCAAUACACAUGCCAUCGGCGCUCUCCUUCGAGCUGAUAGCCAAAUGCUCUGUCACGAAAGCCCGCGCCGCAAACCUCCGUCUCCCACAUGGCGAAGUGCCUCUCCCCAUAUUCAUGCCUGUCGCUACGCAAGCCUCUCUGAAAGGCCUCACGCCGGAGCAGCUCGAGGACACCGGCUGCAGGCUGUGUCUGAAUAACACGUACCAUCUAGGACUUAAGCCGGGACAAACCACACUCGAUGCGAUAGGCGGGGCGCACAAGCUGCAGUCAUGGCCGUACAACAUUCUCACAGAGCGCAGCUUCCAAAUGGUAUCCCUCCUCAAGCUCUCGAAAGUCACAGAGGAAGGCGUGCGCUUCCUAAGCCCGCACGACGGCAGUCCCAUGCUACUGACACCCGAACAUUCCAUCUCCCUCCAAAACUCAAUCGGCUCCGACAUAAUAAUGCAACUCGACGACGUAAUCGCAACCACCUCCCCCGACCACGCGCGCAUAGAAGAAGCAAUGAAGCGCUCCGUGCGCUGGCUCGACCGCUGCAUAGCCGCACACAAGAAGCCGGAAAUCCAGAACCUCUUCUGCAUCAUUCAGGGCGGGCUGGACCUCGAGCUCCGGCGACAAUGCUGCGCGGAGAUGGUCGCGCGCGACACGCCUGGCAUCGCUAUCGGAGGCCUCUCGGGCGGAGAGGCGAAGGACGCGUACUGCAAGGUCGUGGAUACUUGCACGGGCCUUCUGCCGGAGAAGAAGCCGCGGUACGUCAUGGGUGUUGGCUAUCCGGAGGACCUGGUUGUGUCGAUAGCGCUCGGUGCGGACAUGUUCGACUGCGUGUGGCCGACGCGGACGGCGCGCUUUGGCAACGCCAUCACCUCCUCUGGCACCCUCAACCUCCGGCAUUCGAGCUACGCAUCAGACUUCUCGCCCGUGGAGGAGGGGUGUCCUUGCGUUUGCUGCAGGCCGCCAGAGCAGGGCGGCUUGGGCAUCACGAGGGCAUAUAUCUACCAUGUUGCUGCGAAGGAGACGGCGGGCGCGCAUCUGCUUAGUAUGCACAAUGUGCAUUAUCUGCUUACGUUGAUGAAGAGCGCCAGGACGGCGAUUGUGGAGGACAGGUAUCCGGCGUUUGUGAAGGGGUUCUUUGCGAAGCUGUAUCCGGAAAGGAGUAAGUAUCCUGAGUGGGCUGUGACGGCGCUGAAGGGAGUUGGUGUAGAUUUAUUGGUGAACUAG